CUUGCAGCAUGGCAGAGCACAAGUGCAAGGCAGAGGAGGACCUGCCCGUGUAUCUGGCCCGACCCGUUACUACAGAACAGGGGGUUCGACAAAAAUACGGUGGCUUGUUCUGCAGCGUGCGUGACGCUUUCGAAAACAAGACCAUCGACUUUGACGCCCUCAGUGUGGGUCAGAAGAGGGGACCCCGGGCAUCCGCCAGCCCACAUCCAGCAAGUCCAAAUGAUGUGGGUUCUGAUUCUGAGGAGGGGAGAUCCAACAAGGAGGAUGCAUCCCUUUCAAACCCGCUGGAUGAGAAGAGCGACCGGCUUCUUAUCAAAGGCGGCCGGAUCGUGAAUGAUGACCAAUCCUUCCAUGCAGACAUCUACAUGGAAGAUGGCCUCAUCAAGCAGAUCGGCGACAACCUGAUCGUGCCCGGCGGGGUGAAGACGAUCGAAGCCAACGGCAAGAUGGUGAUCCCCGGCGGCAUCGAUAUUCAUACCCACCUCCAGAUGCCGUAUCGUGGGACCACCACCGUGGAUGACUUUGCUCAGGGGUCCAAGGCGGCUCUCGCUGGGGGCACGACCAUGAUCGUGGACCAUGUGAUCCCAGAGGUUGGCAGCAGCUUGUUGGCGGCCUACGAUCAGUGGAGGCAGUGGGCUGACGAGAAGGCCUGCUGCGACUACGCACUCCACGUGGACAUCACCCACUGGAACGACAGCGUCCAGCAGGAGGUGGACAACCUAAUGAAGGACAAAGGUGUGAACUCCUUCCAGGUGUACAUGGCUUACAAGGACUACUACCAGAUGAGCAACAGCGAGCUCUACGAGGUGUUUACCUUCUUGGCGGAAAGAGGCGGCAUCGCUCAGGUCCAUGCGGAAAAUGGAGAGAUCAUUGCAGAGGAGCAGGCCCGUAUGCUGCAAAUGGGAAUCACCGGACCGGAGGGACACGUGUUGAGUCGACCAGAAGAGUUGGAGGCAGAAGCCGUGUUUCGGGCCAUCACCAUCGCCAGCCAAACCAACUGUCCCCUCUACGUGACCCGCGUCAUGAGCAAGAGUGCGGCAGACAUCAUCUCACAGGCCCGUAAAAAAGGAAACGUCGUGUUCGGUGAGCCAAUUACGGCUAGCCUGGGCACGGACGGGACGCAUUACUGGAGCAAGAACUGGGCCAAGGCGGCUUCGUUUGUUACGUCUCCACCUCUUAGUCCUGACCCGACUACUCCAGACUACUUGAACACGCUCCUAUCCAGCGGAGACUUGAGCGUGACUGGCAGCGCUCACUGUACGUUCAGCGUGUCUCAGAAAGCCAUCGGCAAGGACGACUUCACUCAGAUCCCAGAGGGGGUCAACGGGGUGGAGGAGAGGAUGACCCUCAUCUGGGACAAAGCUGUGACUACAGGCAAAAUGGAUGAGAACAUGUUUGUGGCGGUUACCAGCACCAACGCGGCUAAGAUCCUGAACCUGUACCCGCGCAAGGGUCGAAUCGGCGUGGGCUCCGAUGCCGACCUGGUCAUCUGGGACACCGACGCCGUCCGAACCAUCACGGCAAAGAAACACAAUUCGACUGCAGAGUACAACAUCUUCGAAGGCAUGGAGCUGCGUGGCGCGCCUCAGGUGGUCAUCUGUCAGGGGAAGAUCGUCCUGGAAGACGACAACCUGCACGUGACCUCAGGCGCGGGCCGCUUCAUCCCCUGCUCGCCGUUCCCCGACUACGCUUACAAACGUGUCAAAGCCAGGAAGCAGCUGGCCGUCCUGAGGGCAGUGCCCAGGGGGAUGUAUGACGGCCCCGUGUCGGAAUACUCCAUGUCACGUGGCGGCACCCCGUCCGCCUCGGCUCGUACGUCACCCACCAAGCAGCCUGUCAGGAACUUGCACCAGUCUGGAUUUAGUCUAGCAGGUCCCGCUACUCCUGAUGAAGUCUCGACAAGGCCUCCCGGUCGUCGUAUUAUGGUGCCCCCUGGUGGCCGUUCCAACAUCACCUCCCUCAGUUAAACUCCACCCACCCACCCAUCCAGCCCAAGGAGGACUUAAGAGUGUGCCUCCAGUAAAGAGUGUGUGUUCAUGUAUGUGUGAUGGGAGGUAGAGCUGACUCGAACGACCACGACUAAUUAAAAACAACAAAAAAUGCCUUACCUGUCACUAUGCUAGUCUUUGGUUGCUCAAAAGGAAACACAUUUUGGCAACAUUGAAUGGGUCUUUUUAUCUUGUUUUAUUUGAAAAAAGAUGAAACAACCAAAGCACAACCAGUCUCAGCCUUCCUUCUCAACCGUUCUGUACUGGUGCUCUUGGUAGUAAGUGAUCUGUAUAAAAAAAAAAAAAAAAAAAAAAAAGUACUAAGUAAACUACCUGGUCUUAAACGACAUCCAUUCAUCCUAAUUGGCGUUCCAUGUUGCUGUACAUACACUAAAUGUCAAGUAGCUUUGUGAAUGAUGUUGUGUAGCUUGUUCUUUGGGGCCAAAUGAUAAUAAUCAAGGUACUUGGUGGAUCAUGGAGGCGAAUUGGAACUGAAGGACAUGGAACUGAAUGGGCCACACGGAUUCUGGUGACAUGAUCCAUGAUUUCUUUGUCAACUCGUCUCCAUGGCGACCCCAUCUAGUGAUGUACUGAAUGAUGAGUAUUUGAAAAAAAUAGCAAAAGAAAUUGUAAAAGAAAAACCAAGAAACAUUUCUUUGUACCGCUUAAUGUUCACCAGAGGUCAUCUUGAAAAUGAGUAAUAAAAUUCCAAGAUCUGUACAUGUGACCCUGUAUCCACAAUAAAAGAAGAAACGAUGCUUUAAAAAACCCCGUCAAGCCUCCGGCUCUACGUUCUUUUCACAUUCCAAAUGAAAAUCCUGUUUCGUUCAUAUAUAAGUCGCACCAGACUAUAAGACGCAGUUGUUUUAAAUGAAAUGUCCACAUUUCUAUUAGCUGUAUUAACAAAACAAAUCCUCUAACAGUAUCAUAAAAAUAAUGAAAAAUCCAUAGAUAAGUCGCACUGGUCUAUAAAGCCUAAGGUUCAAAGCUUGUGUAAAAAAAAAUAGCGUCUUAAAGUCCAAAAAUUACGGUAGUCACAAAUUCUUGGGGUGCAUCAGGUCACAUCAGCGUUCAGAAUCAAUUAAACACACUGUUGGGUAAAAUUGGGUCUUUUAAAUAUUUUCUUCAGUGUGGCCCUAAAACAUCUUUGCAGAAAUCAAGUUGUGUUCUUUUUGUAUUCAUAGUGAUUUGUUUUUAUGUUGUUGUAUCAAGUGUCAAAAUGGCAGAGGUGGGGGAAAAAAAAAGAAUGUAAAUGUGGUGGUCUGACUUGAUUCUGGAAUAAAAACAGGAGUCACAAUUAA